CUACAACGAUUUCUUCUAUAAAUAUAAAUAUUGAUUAUAUACAUAGUGAUUAUAUUAUAUAUACAUGUAAAAUAAAACUCAAGUUUAUUUCUUUCCCUCUCCUCUGAAACUUGAUGGGAGAUGAAAUGUUUUAUGGGAUGGAGAGACAUUGAUAUUAUGUUGUAGGUAUUAGCUUUCUCUUUCUGCAAACAACUCAUCAGCCAUCUUCUUCUCCGUCAACCUCUCUCGUAAUAAACUCUGUUUUGCUCUCUCUCUCUCUCUCUCUCUCUCUGUGCCUCGGUUUUGUCGCCUUUUCCUGUAUUUAACCAGAAUGGCUGCUGCUACUGCAUUUCACCAAAGCGUUGGGACUCCUCACUCCCUUGGCCUUGUCAAUAAUUCCGGCUUGCAUCAAGAGUUUGCGAAAAGCUCAGGGAGAUUGAUUUCAAAGCGUUUUGAGGUUGAUAUUGGACUGUCGAAAAGAGGAGGAUAUAACUCUUCCCAGAGAAACCUUAGAGUAAUUCGAGCCUCGGCUUCUGAGGCUUCAGUGAUUGAUAUGGUUUCAUCCCCCUCGCAUACCAAAGCCAAUGAUUCUCGAAAGAAAUCUAAUGAAGCAGCUUUGAUUUUGAUUAGGCAUGGCGAGUCAUUGUGGAACGAAAAGAACUUGUUCACAGGCUGUGUUGAUGUCCCUCUGAGCAAGAAGGGUGUGGAAGAGGCAAUUGAAGCUGGCAAGAGAAUCAGCAACAUACCUGUCGACAUGAUCUAUACAUCUGCACUUAUUCGUGCACAGAUGACUGCCAUGCUUGCCAUGACACAGCACCGUCGUAAGAAGGUCCCAGUUAUAAUGCAUAACGAGAGUGAACGGGCUAGGGCAUGGAGUCAGAUUUUCAGUGAAGACACAAUAAAGCAAACCAUUCCUGUCGUUGCAGAUUGGCGAUUGAAUGAAAGAAUGUAUGGGGAAUUACAGGGUCUUAAUAAGCAGGAAACAGCAGACAGAUAUGGGAAGGAACAAGUUCACGAGUGGCGUCGGAGUUAUGACAUUCCCCCACCCAAUGGGGAGAGUUUGGAAAUGUGUGCUCAAAGAGCUGUUGCGUAUUUCAAAGAUCAAAUUGAACCCCAACUGUUAGCUGGAAAGAAUGUUAUGAUUGCUGCCCACGGGAAUUCGUUGAGAUCCAUAAUCAUGUAUCUUGACAAACUGACUUCUCAAGAGGUUAUCAGUUUAGAACUAUCAACUGGAAUACCCAUGCUUUACAUUUCCAAAGAGGGAAAAUUCAUUCGGAGGGGAAGUCCUGCGGGGCCUGCUGAGGCUGGGGUUUAUGCCUACACCAAGAAAGGGAGCUUCCAAGUCAUAGCAACUGGAUCCCCACACUCACCAGUUUGGCUCUUUACAGGCAGAAGUUAGAUGAGAUGGUUCAUCGGUGUGCUCCUUCCUAGUAUAGGAGGCUUAUCUUUCGGCAGUCUUGUACCGGUUGAUUGCUUCGUUCAAGUUUUUACGUGUAUAUGAAAUAUAUUGGUACGGUUCUCAAGCUCGCAGACCUGGCUACUCGUUUCUGUGUACUUUCUGUAUGUGUUUAGCAAGCAAAUUUAGUUAAAGUCAAAGUCUUGUAUGAGAGUGAAAGUUGUGUAUGUUGUUUUUUUCCUCCCAGUUUGUAAUCGUGUAAUGAUAGAUUCAAAUAAACAAAAACAUUUUAGAUGGAGGAACAUCCCUCCCAUAUAGAACAUGUAGUUCAUCA